AGUUUGGAACUCCCACUGAGUAGAAGUAUUGAAGCGUUUGCGUUGAAAUUUAAAGAAAAAUUAAAGAAACAAAAAAACUCGUAUUAAUUAAAAAUUAAAUUAUAAAAAAUUUUAUUUGAAAUUUUUUAGAAAAAUGUCUGUGAUUUUAGUAUUCUGUUUGGUGUUUGCUUCGGUGUAUUUUUUCUUAAAAUGGUAUAAAGUAUUUUUAACCGGCAUACAAAUGCCUGGACCCUGGGCAAUACCUUUCAUGGGCAAUGUGCAAAUGAUAACAAAAUUAACACCAGAAAAACUUCUUUUUCACAUACAAAACUUUCGCGAAACUUGUGGAGAAUCUUUUCGCCUCUGGCUGGGACCCAAACUUUGGGUAUUUUUACAUACCCCUGAAGAAAAUCGUGAUGCUUUACAGGAUUCUUCUUUAAGAAAAGCAGAUACUUUUUUGUUGUUGGACAAACUUAUCGGCAAUGGUUUACUAAUAAGUCAUGGCCAAUUUUGGGAGUCUCAUCGUAAGGCCUUGGGGCCCGCCUUUCAUCCUAACAUUCUAAAUGGUUUCACCGAAACCAUUUGCCAACAUGCUGACAUUUUGGUGGAAAUUUUAAGAAAUUUACAAACGAAACCGGUGGAAAUAACGGAUUAUUUAUUUCCCUGCAUAAUGGACUCUAUAAUAGAGACCUCUAUGGGUAAAAAUUUACAAUCACAAAAGGAUGAAAAUCAUUUUUAUACUCAUGCUUUUCAUAGAACUAGUGAAUUACUUUUCGCCAGAAUGACUAAUCUGUUAUUCUCCGAUUUCAUUUACAAUAAAACUUCCGCUUGCCAGGAAUUGGAUAAAAAUCUUAAUAUUAUACACACCUUAAUGGAAUCGGUUAUAAAGGAAAGACAAGAAUAUUUCAGAGAAUUAAAAGAAUCAGGAGAUUUGAUUGAUAUCGGUGGAAGUGGUAAACGUAAAAGACCUCAAUGUCUUUUAGAUACUUUACUAACAGUGGAAAUAGAUCAGCAACCUUUGACCUUGAAGGAAAUCCGAGAUGAAGUUAAUACUUUUGUGUUUGCGGGAGUUGACACCACUACUGCUACCAUGUCCUUUGUGCUAUACGCUUUAGGCAAAUAUCCCGAGGAGCAAAAACGUCUAUUACAGGAGUUACAGCAUCAUAAUUUGGAUUAUAGUGAAUCCUUAACACCCAGCGAUCUUAAUAAAUUAGAAUAUUUGGAUAUGUUUAUUAAAGAAUGCCUAAGGUUCUAUACCAUAGUACCUUUAACCGGAAGACAAACUACCCAGCCCACUAAAAUCGGUCAACGUACUUAUGCUGCUGGCAUUACUUUAUGGAUUAAUAUGUACGGUUUGGCUCAUGAUGAAAGCCUUUUCGAGGACCCUUGGUCCUUUAAACCCUCACGUUUUACUAAGAAAUCCUAUGAAAAAGUUCCCAAAUUUAGUUAUAUUCCUUUUUCAGCGGGCCCCCAUAUAUGCAUUGGACGCAAAUACGCCUUUUUGAUAAUGAAAAUUUUGACCGUAAAAAUUUUACAGAAGUUACAAGUUUCUCUCAGAGAUCCUGACGAGGAAUUGGUGUUAAUGGCACAAAUGGUUUUAAAGGCCAAAAAUGGCAUAAAUUUGGUUUUUAAUGAAAGAUUGUGAGACAGAUUUUUAAGAAAAUAAAGAAAAAUUUUGAAAAC